AUGGAUUGGUUCGCGAGCAACCCCAGUCUGGGGUCACGACGUUCGUUGGCCGUUUGUCUGGUGAUCGUCUGUGCGAUGUCCGGCGUCCGGCGGGUCCUCGCCGCUGAUGGCGACGACGCCAAGGACGCGUGGAACGGAAUCUCCAACGGUUGCUCGGCCACCGACGCGAACAACGCGUCCGUGUCUUGCUACGGGGUGAGGAUCGUCAGGAAGAUCAUGCACCAGCUGUUGGAGAAGUCCAACAAGGAGCCGAACAUCGAGAUCUUCGACGGCGUCAGCCUGGUGGAGGUGCCUGGCGGCGGGCCCACCAGGAAGGGCAAGCUCAUGAAGGGAUUCGGGAGCAUGGGCUCGUUGGUGCAGUUCUUGGAGGGACGGGAGCUGAGAAUCAAGCUGCCCAGCCUUCUGCCGCAGAACAUCGAGACUGCCCUGCAGGAGAGUUUGCCGGCUGAUCAAGCUAGGGCAGGCGGCGGUGGUGGUUAUGGCGGUCUGGGAGGCGGAGGCGGUGGCGGUGGCGGCAAGAAGGGCGGCGGCGGAGGAUACCUCAUUAUGGCGAUGAUGAUGGGAAAAAUGAUGGCGGCGAUGGGAUUCGGGGCUUUGGGUCUGCUGGCGAUGAAGGCUCUGAUGGUGUCGGCGAUGGCGCUGAUGCUGUCGCUGAUCGUGGCCGUGAAGAAGCUGACGAGCGGCCAUGACAGCGGCGGCGGCGGCCACCACGUGGUCUACGCUCAGGACGUCGGCCACCAUCACUACCGCAAGAAGAGGUCACCCGGCGAGGUGGACCAAGAUCUGCCCUACAGAGGAUACGCGCACCUGUUCAACGAUCUACGGUUGUCCUGA